AUGCACAAAACCCAAACCUCAGAUGUGCGCAUCCAGAUGCCCUAUCUCAACUUUGUUCAAAGCAAGAGAAGGAUUAGCCACACAGCAGACGUGCCCCCGGCACUCGUCGCAGCAGACGUGCCCCCGGCACUCGUCGCAGCAGACGUGCCCCCGGCACUCGUCGCAGCAGACGUGCCCCCGGCACUCGUCGCAGCAGACGUGCCCCCGGCACUCGUCGCAGCAGACGUGCCCCCGGCACUCGUCGCAGCAGACGUGCCCCCGGCACUCGUCGCAGCAGACGUGCCCCCGGCACUCGUCGCAGCAGACGUGCCCCCGGCACUCGUCGCAGCAGACGUGCCCCCGGCACUCGUCGCAGCAGACGUGCCCCCGAAGAAGGACACCUUUGGUGAGCAUGCCAUGUCUCUUGCUUUUGAUGGCCUCCGGCUAUUUCUGCAGCAGUGA